AUGGUGUGUGGAGCUGAGGUGCGUGGCAUGGUGGGCUGGGGUGGCUCUAGUGCGUUCGAUGUAAUAGCACAGAGGCUGUGGUCCAUCAGUCUGGGAAAGAUGUCAACAGACCAGGGUUACUGGAACAACCUGACAACCCUGCAGAAAAUCGCUCUGGCCCUCGGGAUCCCAGCCAGCGCAACUGUCAUGUACAUCUUGUACCGCAGGUACAGAGAAAGCCGAGAGGAGCGGCUGACGUUCGUAGGAGAGGAUGACAUUGGAAUUGAGAUGAAGAUCCCCCAGGAGGCUGUGAAAUUGAUCAUUGGACGGCAGGGCGCCAGUAUCAAACAGCUGAGGAAGGAGACCGGCGCUCGCAUCGAUGUGGAAGCGGAGGACUCCGGUGAGGAGCGGGUGCUGCUGAUCAGUGGCUUCCCCGUCCAGGUGUGCCGAGCGAAAGCUGCUAUUCACCAGAUCCUGGUGGACAACGCCCCCGUGUCAGAGCAGUUCUUUGUGCCACAGAGAGCCGUCGGCAGGAUUAUCGGCAGGGGUGGCGAGACGGUGCGAGCCAUCUGCCGCAGCUCGGGGGCCAGAGUGGUCUGCGAGAAGGAGACGGACAACGCCCUGUGUCUGACCCGGCUCAUCAGCCUCUCGGGGACCCGCAAGGAGGUGACUGCUGCCAAGCAACUGAUCCUGGAAAAGCUUUCGGAGGACGACACGUUUCGAAAGAAACUGGCCCUGUCGGCGGCGGCCCGGUGCCUGCGCAAACAGCCCUUGGGCAUGAGGAGAGAGGAUCCCGGGCAGCAGGGGGAGCUGCCGCGCCCCAAUGGCGAGGCCCUCUGCCAGCUGGCGAGCCCUCCGCAAGGGGCAGGGGAUGGAGGCCGGCUGCUGGCCGCAGAAGCCCUGGACCAACCACAGGAGCUCAGAGCCGAGAGCGAGUCCCCGGAGGAGCCGGUGAUGGAGCCCAGCCCAGCAGUGCCCAUGUUCGAGGUCCCCAGCCCCGACUUCAGCUUCCACGCGGAUGAACACCUGGAGGUUUACGUCUCGGCCUCGGAGAACCCCAGCCACUUCUGGAUCCAGAUCGUCGGCUCCCGCAGCCUGCAGCUCGACAAGCUCACCGGCGAGAUGUCCCAGUACUACGGGAGCAGCAGCCAGUCGCCCGAAUUCCCCAACGUCCGAGUAGGCGACAUCGUGGCUGCCCCGUAUGCCGAUCACGGCGCCUGGUACCGGGCCCGAGUCCUGGGCACCCUGGAGAACGGCAACUUGGAUCUGUAUUACGUCGACUUUGGGGAUAACGGGGAAGCCCCGCUAGAGGCACUGCGAGCCUUGCGGAGCGACUUCCUGAGUCUGCCCUUCCAGGCCAUCGAGUGCAGCCUUGCUGGGAUCGCCCCCGCGGGGGAGCAGUGGGAAGAGGAUGCCCUGGACGAGUUCGAUCGCCUCACGUGUUGUGCCGAGUGGAAGCCCCUGCUGGCGAAGAUUUCCAGUUACAUCCAGUCUGGGGUCUGUACCUGGCCGCGCAUCCAGCUGUACGACACCAGCCACGGACAGAGCCUCGAUAUAGGGGGGGAGCUGGUCCGGCUGGGUCACGCUGUGCGGUGUCCGCAAGAGGAGGAUGGCGCUGCGGGGGACGGCACCACCCACCUGGGGAAGGAGGCCACGGCCGAGGCGUUCCAGAAGAUGCUGGGGAAUGCUGCAGGGACCUCCCUCGAGAGCCUCCUGUCAGAGACCUGCGUCAGCCUUUCAGAUGACUCCAUUGAGCAGCUCCGAAGUGACACCGAGCCCACAGAACCACCCUCCCAGAAGACUGUCAUGCCCUCACUCUGGUCCCUACGGAUCUCGGCUCCCUCCUGCCCUCUGGGGGAUGCCGAGGCUCUCGCCUUGCCAGCUGGCGGUGAGAAGCAGAAUGGCUCAGGGGGCUGCAGCAGCGAGGGGGCAUUGGAGGCUGGGGGGUCUCUGCGGGCCACCAAGAGCCAUGCAGCAGAUGCCACGUGGACAACCAGUCCUGCUGAUUGCACGCAUCCCGCAGCCUGCUCGGGAGAGGCCUCUCCCAUCUCCCUCUCAAGCAAAGGCUCCAGCACCUCAAACGCCAGCUUCCCUACCACCCUGGCUUCUGGGAACAGCAGCUGCUACUCCCCCCGGGGCUACUUCUAUUACCUCUCCACUUCAGAAGAGUGGUCCAACUCCUCGGUCUUCUGCAGCGGCUCGGGCUCUGCCGGCGAUUCCCUCCAAAGCCCCGUCCUCAUCAGCUCCUCUGACAGCGAGGGGGAGGAGGAGGAAGGGGGACUGAGGGCCUGGAGGAGAGAAGCCGCGUCUAUGUCUGGAAGCGGCGACGACGUUCUUCUGGUCGAAGACGAUUCGCUGUGA